CGUGCACCGCAGAUUCUUGCGGUCGCGUACACCUUUCUGACCAUUUCCACCAUUGCCACUGCUCUCCGCAUCUACUGUCGUGGCUGGGUCAUCAAGGCAUUCGCACUGGAUGAUUGGCUUGCCAUUGUUGCACAGAUUCUCUUUAUUCUCUUCAUCUCCUACGAGGUCGGCGGUGUCCACUAUGGCAACGGACGGCACUUCGCCGAUAUUGAGCCUGGGGAUAUCCCCAAGGCGAUGCAGAUGUGGUGGACCUGCGAGCCUCUUUAUGUCUUGACCAACAUGGCAAUCAAGGCCUCCAUCGCCAUCUUCUUGCUGCGCAUCUGUGUCUCGAAAUGGCACAAGUGGAUCAUCUACGUUGUCAUCGGCGUCACGGAGCUCUACAGCUUUGCCUUCUUCCUGCUCUUCCUGCUGCAGUGCCGACCACUGUCCUACUUUUGGCUCCGAUACAGCGCCGACCCUCCUGCUGGCGGCUGGUGCUGGUCAGCGCCUAUCAUCCCCAAGACCUUCUAUGGAUACUCGGCUAUUAGCUGCUGGACCGACUGGACCUUCAGUCUUUUGCCAGUCGCUUUGGUUUGGAACCUGCAGAUGGAGAGGAAGGUCAAGAUCUCCGUCAUGCUCAUUCUGGCAGCCGGUGCCAUUGCCUCGAGUGCAACCAUUGUCCGCUUCCCUUACCUUUACACGCUGACCGAUGUCGACGACUUCCUCUACUCCACCACCGAUAUUGCGAUCUGGUCCGCCGUCGAGACUGGACUUGGCAUCACAGCCGCCGGCUUCGCCACGCUGCGACCUCUCCUCCGCAGGUUCUUCGGCGGCGGCGGUUCUUCUGCACCCGGCCACGGCUCCUCAGCUCACCAAUGGCGCAGGACCGGCAGCGGCCACAUAAAAGGCAGCGCUAACGCCGACACCUUUACCCUGCACGACAUGUCCGGAAAGCAACGGUAUGGUGUGACCACCGUCGUCCACUACGGC